UGGCCACAUGGACGCAACCGCACAGCCGCGCGCAGAACAGUCGAACUGACCAGAAGCAUCAAGAGCACGGAAGAAGCAACCUCGACGUUUCCCCAUGAGCCAUGAAGCGUCUAGGGACACAACAGCACUUGGCGACGACGGGGAACAGCUACGUUCCAAAGGCGCGGUGCGUCUUGCCACACGGUGUCAGUCAUCCAUACCGAACCCUGAACCAGCAGAACCACGGGCGGACGCUACCUCGGAGACUGCUGUGCAAUCGGCCACCCAAAGUUGGGUCGGCUUUCCCUGCAGCAUCACGCUGGCUGUCUUCUCUGUCGUCUCCUUCGGUAUCUUCGUCUGCAUGUCCGUCCAGGUCCUCUCGAUACUCAAGCAGCACUCUGAUGUGCAGAAAGCGGCUCUGAAAGCAGCACCCGAUGCGUCACCGCGGUCCGUCACCUCGGGGGACGACUAUGACGACGGCAACGCUAGCGUGCCAGAGGACGGCCGGAUGACGACGGACAUCCUCGCUGACGAUCCCGAUUAGCCCUGUCCCUGCCCUGCCUUACUCGAGGCUUCAAUAAUGAACACUUCCCCCUGUUUUGAAGAACGUAAAAUAAACGGAGAUAUGUAUACAGCGAUGCAAACCGACAA